AUGUCUGCCGCCACCGCGUCCAACGCCGCCGCCGUCGCCGCAUCAUCUUCCGAGGGAUCUCUGUUAGCCGUCAUUGGAGACGAGGAUACCGUCACCGGGUUUCUCCUCGCCGGGAUAGGAAACUUGGACGCGAGACGAAAAUCAAACUUUCUGAUUGUAAAACCAGACACCUCGAGACGAGAGAUGGAAGAUGCGUUCAAGGAUUUUACGACGAGAGAAGACGUGGCGGUGGUAUUAAUCGCACAGUUUGUGGCCAACGAGAUUAGAUAUUUAGUGAACGAGUACGCUGAACCGAUUCCAGCGGUGUUGGAGAUUCCAUCGCCGGAUCAUCCGUACGAUCCUUCGGCGGACUCCAUUUUAAAUCGAGUGAAGCACCUUUUGGGAGCUGGAAAUGAUGGACUUUAG